GGGAAGAAAUCCCUCGCUUUUAUAUCGUAAAAAAAACCUACGAUACAUCCUCUGUUCCUACGCCGCACUACGCACGAAGCUUUCUCAUACUGCCGUUCUCUUCCUGCGCAACACGACUCUUGGGUUCCCUUCCUUCUUCCUGGAGCAUCUGGAGGCUGUAGCAACUGUUCAGCUAUCUAGGCAUUCUGGGGCAUGGCGGCUGAAGACAGAAUCAGUGGACUUCCUAGUGAUAUACUUGACCAUAUUUUGGGGCUCUUACCAAUUCGAGAUGCUGCUAGAACUUCUGCUUUGUCUACGGCUUGGAGAGAUGUCUGGUUAAGUCUUUCCCAACUCAUCUUUGACACUAACUUUUUUCAUCACAUCCAUGACCGCUACAUUGAAGAAUGCGCCAUGCUUGUAAUCGACAAAAUUCUCAUGAGGCACAACAGACCUCUUCGAAAAUUUGUUUUCCAUUUUGGCAAUUUCUUUGGGGCAAAAAGAGAUACGAAGUCUAGUUGGGUUGAAUUUGAUGAAUGGUUACUUUAUCUCACAAUAAAUGGGGUUGAAGAAUUGGACCUAUCUUUUUUUGGGUCAUCUGGAUGUGCAUAUGAAUUGCCCGAUUUCAUAUUUUCAUGCUCAACUCUCAAGAAGCUGCAUCUUCAUGGAGUGUAUGUUGAACCAAUAAAGGUCCCGUGCAUAUUUCCGAAUGUCACUUCUCUUUGUCUUCAAGAUAUUCAGUUUGAUUCCAGAAAUCUUCUCUAUUCUCCCAAGGAUCUUCCCAUGCUAGAGAGUCUCGAGUGUGAAGAUAUUUCUGGUUUCAACAUCACUGCCCCAAAACUUAGAAGUUUAAAAAUUUCCAAUGUGACUUCUCAUGACAUUCUUCCUGUUACCUUGGAUUUGAAACCCAUCUUUGCUCUUCAUCUCGACUAUUGCUCUGCCAAGGAUUUUAUUAAGGAAUUAACUAGAUUGGGUAAACAAGGAACUACACUCAAUGUGGGGCACCUGAAGUUGCAUUUGUAUGACGAAGAUGAUGAGAUUCCUGCCUUCUUUAAUUUGUUGCGAUUGUGCCCAAACUUAUACAAACUUGAUAUAGAGCUACCGAUCAAUGCUGUAGCAAAUACUACAGACGUUUCGUUGGAGCAUCCAGAAUAUAUUGUGGCCAAAACAGGCCAAAGAGUUCAUACUUUGAUUCUUUCUUGUGCGUUUAGAGGGUCAAAACCAGAAAUGCUUUUCUUCAUGUGGCUUCUUGCAUGCUUUCCCAUGCUUGAGAAGGUUUUCAUACAUCAAAGAAAAACAUUUUGCUCCAACACAGAGUUUAAAAACCAGCGAAAGCUUUUGCGCUUUCUUCGGGCUUCUUCAAAAGCAGACAUUGUUUACAGUUGACACUGAAAAAGGUUGUUAGAUUUGUAGUAUAUAGUAGUACAUUACUAUUUUCGAAGUCAUCUGUUUGUACUGCUCAGUAUGUAAACUUUGAACCUUUAAAUUUUGCGGAAUGUUGCCCAUUAAGUUUGAUGGGAAAUCUUCACCAGUUUUGAAAUUCAUUUAGGGGGAUUUCUCAAUCUGCUGAACAGCUGAAGUGCUAAACUACGAAUUCACUUCAACGGAUAGUUAUUAAUCUGGUUGCAG